AUGAUUAUUUGUCUUCUCGAUAGAGCGAUUCACAUCAAUCGUCUGGUAUCAUUCGCCUGUUUUCUAACCGCCUUUCUUCUCGUUCAAAAUCAUCCCGUGCUUGCCAGUCAUGCAUCUCCUGAUGAUAAACAAAUCAAUCAGCAGUCAACAAUAUCGCGCACAACGUUAAGAUCCGCUCGGGCGAAUCCAUUACCGAAAAAUGAAACACUUCUUUGCGUACCCGAAGUUAUCAACGUAACAUUGCCUUAUUUCUCAUUGCCUUAUCGAAUCUUUGCGGGUGCACUCGUUGUUCCGAUCACCAUAUGUGCGAUCUCGGGCAAUAUUCUUGUUAUCUAUGUUAUCAAGUAUUUUCCGAACCUACGCAUUACAGGCAAUGUCUUCCUUGCUUCACUUGCUCUUGCUGACGUCGGCGUCAGUACAUUAGCAAUGACGUUCUACAGUCUACAAUUAGUUCGCGGACGAUGGAUUCUCGGCGCGUUCAUGUGUCGUCUGUGGUUCUCAUGCGACGUACUCUUUUCGACAGCAUCUAUCAUGCAUUUAGCUUGUAUAGCCUUGGAUCGCUAUCUUUCGAUCGUACGUCCAUUCGAUCAUGAGCGAACAUCUUCCGAUCGACGUCGGUACGGUAUGAUAGCGAGUUGCUGGAUCGGCUCGGCUUUACUUUCGUUCAUUCCCAUCUUUACGGGAAUUUAUACGACACGUGAACAACGGGAUAAAAUCAGCUGUCUAAACCGCGUUCAUGGUCGUUGUAUAUUUGCUGUCAAUCAAGCGUACGCCAUUGUUUCAUCAUCAUUUUCGUUUUGGGUGCCAAGUGCUGUGAUGAUUAUCAUGUAUCUGAUGUUAAUAAAAAUAGCGGAUAAGAAAGAAAGCGAAGCAAUUCGUAUGGCAGGUGGCGUCAAUAGUCGUCAUCGAGCUUCUCAACUUCCACAAUACUAUCCAUGUAGGCGAUCGAGUGAUGAUCAAGUACUUAAUGAAACAUCUUCGUCAACACACCAGUCACAACGUACACAUCAAUUAACAGCAGCAGCAGCAACACCAGUUAAUGGAUAUCAUAAUAAUCAUCGCCGACCAGGUAAACACGAUAGUGUAGAUACACAAAUGGAAAUACAAACAUCUGUCGAUAGUCCUGGACAAUUGUUCGAUCCUAGUCAAAGUCAAAUGAAACAUUUAAAACGCGAACGUCGUGCUGUUAAAACCUUGGGUGCGAUUAUGAUAGCAUUUCUCAUCUGUUGGCUUCCGUUUUUCGUUCGUUAUUCGGCGUGUGAACCCAAUCGCUGCAAUUGGAAAUAUAUGCCUAUUAUCGAAGAUAUUGUCUUUUGGGUCGGUUAUUUCAAUUCAAUGAUCAAUCCAUUUCUAUAUGCGUUUCAUAACAAAGACUUUCGUUUUGCUUUCCGAAAAACUCUUAGUAAAUACAUUAUUUGCUGUCGUGAACGUCGUGCAAGUACGAAUAGUAUGUCGAUAUUGCCACCCGCGACACCAAGUGGAGAUGGAACGAGGUCCUGUAUGAGUAAACCGAAAUCACAGCAUAAACAAUUUAAAAAUCGUUUGAAAACCAAUCCAAAAGGGACGAAUGCGCUCACUUCGACUAGACUACUUAAUAAUCACAAUGAUAUUCAAGCAUCAAACGGAAAUUUAACUGUUGGCGAAAGCGCGAUAUCAUCGAAGAGAAAUUCAUGUUUAUAA